AGUUAAAGUAUGAUGUCACACUCCCUAUUAUGAUAUCAUUGUGCCUAGUCCAUUUAACUUUCGUCUUCCGGUCAUUUCACUCGUGCCGAUAGACUGACUCUGAAUACCAAUAAGUGAAUGUAGGCUGGAACUUUCCAGCAGUCCCCGGCGGCGGCGACCCUCUUUUGUAAAUGUGUAGGUAGUUACAGCACAGCUACUCGUAUUGUGGGUUAAUAACUCUUGUACCCACUUAACCACAGUAAUAAUUACGCGUCACACCUCUUGGCCUGAAAGCCUGAAAUGCAAAUAAGAAAAAAGCUCGCGGCACGUGAAACAAACGUCGUCAUGGCGACCGGGCUAUCGACCGAAGGUUUUUCCGAGGCUUUCGUCUGAAAACGCUCGCAUUCGCGUGACGCACGCUGAAACCACCACGCUGAAAAUGGCUUGAGAUUGUCGGCUCGAUAAAGGAACUUAAUAUGGUGGUUCGUCUGGUGGUAUAUGAAUUGGGUCAUUAUGUUUGUUCAGUCGGCGUCUGACCGGUGAAGCGAUGUGUGGUGGCCGCUGUAACUGUACCUGCAACAGAUGAGCCGCGUGUGUGUGCCGGGAGCAGCCGCCGCCGCCGCCGCCGCGCGGUCGAGCGCGACCGACCCCAUACGGAGCCGCUCUCCGCUGCACCGUAACUGUCGCGGACCAUAGAAACGCAUCCAGUGUGCAGUGCGAGGCAUUAGAAAGUGUAAUGUAUAUUGGUGUAGUGCAAUGUUGUCAGUGAGCAAGCCGGCGUCGCUCGUCCAGCAAAAGAAGCAGCAGUGGGCGCGGGAGAGAGAGGAGAUGUCACACUUGUACCUGCCGUGGGGCGGCGAGCGGAGCGGGCGGCGGCUGCGGGCGCGGGACCAGUUCGCGAGUUCUCUGGAGCUGCACGAGCGCGAGCCCGCGCCGCGCCAGCGCAGCCCCAGCCUGCCGCCCAUCCGCCACGACCACGACGACACCACACGGACCAAGGAGGUCCUCAACAGGAACCUCUCCACCUCCAAGCGGUUCUCCUUCUACGAUGAGGACGGCGAGGGCGACACCUCGGGCUACGGCAGCGAGACUGUCAACCACCGGACCAAGAGCGGCGCGUUCCACGACCUCACAGCCAACCACAACCCUGUGCUGGCGUGGCACAACAAUCCUGAUGAUAACAGGAACCGUCCCACCAGCGGCGACAGGUCGCCUGGCGGCGGCGGCGGCUGGGCGGCGCGCAGUCCUCGCGGAGGCACGGCGGAGGAGGGACGCCCGCGCUGGGGCGACCGCGGCGUGGCCACCGGCCGCCUCUGGGAGCCCACCGAGCCCAACGAACGACUGCCCCAGAUGCCGAACCAAAAGAAGGGAACCCCUUCGUGGGUAGAACGCGGGUUGAACAUGAUAGACAAUACCGCAGAAGUUUUGGUCAUCGACCAAACCAGUUCAAACAGCUCAGGGUUUGACUGUGACCGUUCGUCUUGUCACGGUAGCGACGAAGGAAGAACAUUUCUUAGAGGACAAAACGUUCCCCUAGAACCAGAAAUAAAAGCUCAACGAGAAAAUAAGAGGAUAAAAGCAUUAGAAUUGCAAACAGCAAUUAUGAACCAGCUAGAGGAUAGAGAAAAACGACGCCAAGAAGAACGAGAGAGAAAACUGAAAGAGGAAAAACUAGAAGAAUUACGCAUACAAAGAGAGCAGGAGCAAGACCGACUACGAUUAGAGCACGAGAAGCGAAGGAGCCAGGAGAAACAACUACUUGAACAAAGGAAACUGGAAACAUUGAAAAAAGCCCUUGAAGACGCUGAGAGAAAUGCUCGAUUAGAGAAAGAAAAAAGAUUCAGUCUACAUAAAACAAAUGUGAAAAAUAAUAUUCAGAAUGAAAUUAAUUUCAAAUCAGAAGAACACACCAUGCCUAUAGAGGAUGAUAACAUUUCAAGAACUACUGAAACCAUAAGUCCUACUAAAACAAGCAGAACGUAUGAGGUCCACUCUGCCAAAAGCCAAACUGUACAAAGUAAUAAGGAUUUUAACUCACAUCAUACUACAGAAUGUAGUUCACCGAGGUCCCUUGGCACAGGCAACUUGAACCUAUUCAUUCAUAGUGUUCCUCCGAUAUCAAUCACCGACAGUCAAAAUCAAUUCAGCAUUGUUCCCCUCGGCAUUAAUGGAGAAAUCAUGAAUCAGCAGAAUGGAAUACAACUAGCAGUUCUAGUCCCACAAACAAUAGGCAACAGCAUGUGUAGCGUGUCUUUGAAUUCAUUGAACACAUUUACCGAAUCGAUGGAGAGCGGGAAAGUAUUAACUCCUAGCAAAUAUCGCGCAACAAGAAACAACAAGGAUGCAUUUACUCAAACAGAUUCAGUAUUAUUUAAUUAUUCAGUUAGUGAUAAAGCGAAUUCCACUGAUGAUAUUCAGAGAAAUAUUGACAAAGAUUAUUCCAAAAUUGAUGAAAAUGCGCCACAAGAAACUCACAACACGUUGAAGAAAGAUAGACGUUUCCGGUCAGAGGAGAGGUUCAAGAAAGAUAUCGAGAACAGACCUAAAUGGGGAGUCAACAGGCCCGCAGCUCAAUAUAAGAAGCAAAGCGAGAAGGAUCCAUUCUACAGCCAAAAGAGGAAAAUGCGAACUAAACACCGGACUCAGACGCGGCAAUACACGUCCAGUGAGGACAGCCGGUCGCCGAGCCCGCCGCCCGCCCGCCCUGACGUCGCCACUGACACCAACAAACAUCGCAACUCCUUGAGCCAGUCCUACUGGAGGAACAAAAGGUCUAACCAAGAGGAGCUCAAACAAAGUGACCCAGAUGGACAGUCCGAAUUAAAUUGCUCCCUAACUAUUAACGAAAUUGUCACGGAUACAAAAAAAUCUCCAACUAACAGCAAAAUGUCCCCAAAUAAAAGACUGACGUUAUCUCAGAAGUUUAUCAACGAUAAAUAUGGCAACAGAAAAUUAUGGGUCGAGGAUAGCAAUAAAACUCAUACUCUAGACAGCGAUAAUAGAAAGAAAAUGCUGGACCAAAUAAACACGGCCAAAAGGGACUAUUUCAUGAGCCACAAUGAGGACCAAGAAAACAUUGUCAUUAGGACGAAAUUUUAAAUCUC